AUGAUGAAGUGUGGUGUGUGUGUGUUUCAGGAAGAGAUUGAGGAGAUGGGAAGGAGGGGAUUGCUGAGAAUUGGAGAUUCACACAAUAUAUACCGACCAUAAAUUUCUGGAGAAAUAUUUUUAGAUAUAGUCAGAAUAUGGGAUUAUAAAAGAAAAUUUUAAUUUGAGAAACAUUAUAUUUAAAGAAAUAAGAAAUUCUCUAAUAUGAAUUAAGUCUCAUCCAGUGUAAGUUUGAAGGCUCCUCUGUUGAAUGAAGGGGAGGUAGAAGCUACGAGAUUGGUCAAGAAAUCAAGGCGAAAUAGGGCGGGAGUGAUAUCGCAGUUGUUCUUCGCUUGGGUCUAUGGUACCAUAGAUGUAAAAUUGAAUUCUUAAUUAGAUUGCAUCGAAAGUGACUUUGGAAAAUGAUAUGAUUGAGGAUCUUAGAUUUGAGGACACGAGUGAACAAUUAUAUUACAGAUUCAUGAAGCACUUUGAAAAGAGAAAAAACGAGAAGAAUGGAUUGAUUUGGUCAUUGAUUGGCGUGUCUUUGGGAUAAUGCAUCUUCGUAUUCAUAGUGAUGUUGUUUACUGUUGGGACCUCUUUGUUGAAUCCUCUAUUGAUAAAAUGGACUAUACAAUAUUUGAUGGAGGAGGACAAAGAGACUUAGCAAGGAAUAAUUCUGAUUUUCAGCAUUAUAGGCGUGAGAAUAAUAUCAGUGAUCUGUCAGCAGCACUCGUUUUAUUAGAUAGUAAUGAUACAUGAUAUAUAUUUUUAGAGAUUAGUUGGGUAUGAUUGGAUGGGUAUUUUAUCGAUGGCAUUGUUGGGUAAGAGCAUGAAUGUUUCAUAUCAGAGCAACAAAGAACACACAAGUGGAUAGGUCUUGAAUUAUAUGCAAGUGGACGCGAUGAAACUCCAAUGGUUCGGAUGGUACAUGUCAUAAGUUAUGUUGAUGCCCUUACAGAUUGGAAUUUCUAUCUAUAUGAUGUUCAAAUUUAUAGGAGUGGCAUUCUUGGGUGGAUUGGGAGUGAUAUUAUUGACUGCAUUCUUUAACAUUUUUGUAGGCAAGAAGAUGUUUGAGUAUCAAAUUCUGAUGAUGAAAGACAAAGAUAAGAGGACCAAUUGUGCUAAUGAGAUCUUUUAAUAAAUCAAAUUCAUCAAGGUCAAUGCUUAUGAAGAGUAUUUCAGAUCAAAAUUAACCAAAUUCAGAAAUCAAGAAAUCAAGACUCUGAAAACUAGAUUCUUCGCAUCUUGUCUGAAUAUCUUAUCAGUUUGGUUGAGUCCUAUGUUAAUUUUAAAUGCCACCUUUGUAAUCUAUGUGGCCAUUGGAAAUGAUCUUACUCCAGCCAACACAUUUGCCAUCAUCAGCUUGUUCCAGAGUCUUCAAGGACCCCUUCUAUUUUUACCUAUGGCUCUGAAUGCUUUGAUCGAAGCCAACAUCUCCUUUAAAAGAGUGCAGAGUUUCCUAUUAACAAAUGAAUUGAUGAGUGAUUGCAUCACCAAUUCUAGUCAAUCCCAUUUAGAUUUGAUGUACCAAAAAGGAUUGACUGUCAAUGAUUCCAGAUCUCAAAUGAACUCCUAAGUCAUGAGAACAGAAAUUGAUAAUGAUAUUGCUAUCAGAAUAGACUAAGGAACCUUCUACUGGUCAAAAUACAAAGAAUAACCUUAACAACCUCCUUAACCUCCUACUGCCAAAGGAUAGAAGAAGGUCGAGCCACUCCCAUAAGUUGAAUCUGAACCUAUAUUGAAAGGCAUCAAUCUCAGAAUUGAAAAAGGACAAUUUGUGGCAAUAGUGGGAGAUGUUGGUUCUGGAAAAUCCUCAUUAAUUCAAGCGUUGUUGGGUGAAAUGAUUUACAAAGAAGACAAACCAAGAAUCCAAAUAAAUGGUUCGUUUGCGUAUGUGAGUUAAAAGGCUUGGAUAUAAAAUGCCACAGUCAAGGAAAACAUUCUGUUCGGAUUACCUUUCGAUUAAACCAAGUAUGAUGAGGCCAUCAAAUUUUCUUGUCUGAAAGAGGACAUCAAGAUCCUAGUCAAAGGAGAUCAGACCAUGAUUGGAGAAAAAGGAGUCAACUUGUCAGGAGGUCAAAAAGCAAGAGUCUCUUUGGCUAGAGCCAUUUAUAGCAAUUGCGACAUUUAUUUAUUAGAUGAUCCCAUCAGUGCAGUUGAUGUGCAUGUUGGCAAAUUUAUCAUCUAUGAAUGUUUGAAUGGCUAUUUGAAAGAGAAGACGAGAAUCUUAGUCACUCAUGCUCUCAACUAUUGUCAAUACACUGACUAUGUCUAUCUGAUGGACAGUGGUACUAUUGCUGAAUAAGGCACUUUUGCUGAAAUCAAAUAAAGUGAGCAAUUCAAGAAGGUUUAUCAGAAAUUUUACAAGGAUGCCAAAAAUGAUGAGGAAUCUUAAGAAUAAGCAAAUGAAGCAGAACAAGCUCCGGCUGCAGAAUUAAAAUUGGAGAAAAAAUAAUCCUCUUAAAAAGAAACACCAAUUUCUCCUUAAACUAAAGAUGAAGUUGAUGAACUUAUGUUAUUAGAAGAUAGGAAUAAAGGCUCGAUUUCAAUUGAAAUCUUAUCCACCUACAUUCGAUUGACUGGAGGCUUCCUUUUCGCAGCUUUCUUGAUCUUCAUGAUGCUCUUAUGGGAUGGGUGUUAUGUUGGUUCUUCAUUAUGGAUGGCUCAUUGGACUCAAUAAGCUAGUGAAGAUCUUAUCACCGGAUAAGAAACCAAUAACUACUUCUAUUUGACCAUCUAUUCAGUGCUCUCUUUAAGUUAUGGAAUCUUGGCAUUCCUUAGAUCAUGGGCCUUUGUGAUCGUCAGUUGCAAUCAGGCCAACAAUAUGCAUAACAAAAUGGUUAGUUGUUUAAUGUAUGCUCCACAAUGUCAAUUCUUUGAAAGAGUUCCCUUGGGUAGAAUCAUGAACAGAUUGACAAAGGAUUAGAACGUUCUAGAUUCAGAACUCCACUGGACAUUCAAUUGGAUGUUAGUUCAAGUAUUUCUAUUGUUAGCCAACACUUUCUUAAAUAUCUAUACCAGUUCCCCCUGGGUUGCCAUCCCCAUGGUAAUCUACUUUUUCUUAUGUUGGAAAAUUUAGAGAAUAUACAUGGCUGCAAGUAGAGAGCUCUUCAGACUGGAAGCAAUCAGCAAAAGUCCAAUUUUGAGUUAUUUCUCAGAAUCAAUCAUGGGAAUCACUACCAUCAGAGCUUUCUAGAGACAAUCCUAGAUCAUGAAUAAACACGGAAACAAUCAAGAUCUAAAUCGUAAGAUAUUCUUAGAACAGAUCGCUGCAAAUGCUUGGUUUGGAUUGGUCCUUGGCUUAUCGAGUUUCAUGGUCAAUACCACAGCUAUUGUAUUUUGCAUGUUCUAUAGUACUAAAAAUCCUGCAUAUGCUGGUUUAUUAAUGACUUAUGCAUCCACCUUGGAUCAAAAUAUCAAUGGAACAGUCCAAUGCUUAGGACAUGUGGAGAAUGGAUUAAUUUCUUUCGAAAGAUGUGUUGCUUAUACCAAGUAUUUUAAUUUAUUGAUUGUAUUUUAGAGUAAAACCAGAAAAAGGAUAUGAGGCUGCAGUUAAAAGAUAUCAAAACAAUUAGGCUUAUAGAGAUCAAUACAUACCAUAAUGGCCUAAGAAUGGAAUUAUAGAAUAUAAAAAUUAUUCAGUUCAAUACAGGGAAGGAUUGCCUAUGGCUCUAAAGAAUAUGAGUAUUGUUAUCAGUCCAAGAGAAAAGGUUGGUAUCGUAGGUAGAACAGGAGCUGGAAAGUCAACCAUUACUUUGACUAUCUUGAGAAUCUUAGAAGCAAUGAAUGGGUAGUUAUUGAUUGAUGGCCAUGAUAUCUCUACCAUCUCUUUAAGACAACUCAGAGAAUCAAUUACAAUGAUUAUGCAAGAUCCAACCUUGUUCAGUGGUACCAUCAGAGAUAACAUUGAUCCAUUGAAUCUAAGAACUGAUGAAGAAGUCUUAUAAGCCAUUAACAAAUGCUGUUUGACUGAAUUGAUUGAAUCAAGAAAAGGAUUAGAAACUCACAUCAAUGAUCACGGAGACAAUUUAAGUGCUGGAGAGAAAUAGCUUGUUUGUAUUGCCAGAGCAGUCCUCAAGAAAAGUCCUAUUGUCCUAAUUGAUGAGGCCACUGCCAAUAUAGAUAUUGAUACAGAACAUAAGAUUCAAGAUACCAUUCAAAAUGCCUUUUCUGAUUGCACUGUCAUCACCAUUGCUCAUAGAAUCAAUACCAUACUUCAUUGUGACAAGUACAUAUAUUCUCUAUUUUCAAAAGGAUUCUCGUUCUAGACAAAGGAGAGGUUAAGGAAUUUGGAUUCACUAAAGAGUUAUUAAACCAACCUGCCUCCUUAUUCUAUGGAAUAUAUUAAGAAGCCUUAAAGGAAUAAAGUCAUUGAUAAUGCAUAAUUAAAUUCUGUACACAU